GAACUGGCGCGCAGGCGCAAAGAACUGGCUCAGGCUCAGGAUCACGCAGCUCCACAGCGCCCGGCUCAAGCCCGCCCCGGACUAGUGGGAGGGGGUCAAAAUGGCGGCGGCCGGUGCUGUGGUUACUCGGCUGUUCCUGCUCUUGCUGAUGGCGGCAGCAGCCCCCAGCCGGGCUCGGGGCAGUGGCUGUCGGUCCGGGGCCGCUCUGCGAGGGGCAGGAGCAGAAGGUCGAGAGAGUGAGGGCUGCGGCACUGUGGGGCUGCUGCUGGAGCACUCAUUCGAGAUCGAUGACAGUGCUCACUUUCGGAAGCGGGGCUCCCUGCUCUGGAACCAGCAGGAUGGCACUUUGUCCCUGUCGCAGCGGCAGCUCAACGAGGAGGAACGGGGCCGGCUCCGGGAUGUGGCAGCCCUGAAUGGCUUAUACCGUGUCCGGGUCCCUCAGCGUCCUGGGGUCCCUGAUGGCGCAGAAGCUGGUGGCUACGUUUCCUCUUUUGUCCCCGCGUGUUCCCUGGUGGAGUCUCACCUGUCAGACCAGCUGACACUGCACGUGGACGUGGCUGGCAACGUGGUGGGGGUGUCAGUGGUGACGCACCCCGGGGGUUGCAGGGGCCACGAGGUGGAGGACGUGGACCUGGAACUUUUCAACACUUCAGUGCAGCUACAGCCGCCCGCCACUGCCCCAGGUCCUGAGACAGCCGCCUUCAUCGAGCGUCUGGAGAUGGAGCAGGCCCAGAAGGCCAAGAACCCCCAGGAACAGAAGUCCUUUUUCGCCAAAUAUUGGAUGUACAUCAUUCCCGUCGUCCUGUUCCUCAUGAUGUCAGGAGCGCCAGAUGCCGGGGGCCAGGGAGGGGGUGGUGGCGGGGGCGGUGGGGGGGGCAGUGGCCGCUGAGGGGCCUGGGGCCUGUCAGAUCCCUGGUCCUCUCUCAUCCAGGCUACUCCCUUCCUGCCCAGAGUGCUCCUGUCCUUGAUCAUCCCAAGAAGGAUUUGCUAGCUCCUCCCAUCUCCAUCCCAUGAGGGCAGGAAGACACCCCUCCCCAGGAGUCCUUUCCCUCUGGGUGGAUGGGUAACCAGAUUCUGGUGCACCCUUCCUGCCCCUGUGGUCCCUUUGGAGCCCCAAAGACUUCCUCUUGCCCAUGGCGUGAAGCUCAAGCUCCCCUUCCAGCUCUGACCCUGUGUCUGUCCUCACCACCCCCAAGCCUCAUAGUUUGGGAACAUGCCGACUUCUCUCCAGCCUCUGUGCCUUUGUUCGUGGUCCUAUCCUGCCUGUCCCGGCUGGACUAGAUGGUCCUCCUAAUUUGUCUGACACUGGAUGGGGCCACGCACUUCCCACCUGUGUGCCCUUGAGGGGCCUGGUACAGAGCAGGUGCGGGCUGGCCCCAUUCCUCCCAGCAGCCCUGCCUUGGGACCCUGCUCUGGCCUUUAUCUGCCCAUGGCUCUGAACGGGACUUUAGCUUUCCUGCCCUGUCAGCAUGCCAAGCCUUCCAUAGGAUUUGGGGCAUGAAGAAAUGGUGUUUUGUUUUGUCUUUACAUUUAUUUAUUUAUUCAUGAGAGAGAGAGAUAGGCAGAGAGACAGAGACAGAGGCAGACUCCACACAGGGAGCCCAAUGUGGGACUCGAUCCAGGAUCCCAGGAUCACGCCCCUGAGCCGAAGGCAGUCGCCCAGCCGCUGUGCCACCCAGGUGUCAAGAAAUGGUGUUUAAAGUGAAAACAAAGCAAGCUAACCUUUAGUAUAGAGUCAAGGGCCGGAUGAUAUAAAUAGAACCCCUUCCCCUGUCUGGAGUGUCUUCCCUAGGAGGAGGCACCAGGAGAGGACUGCCUGGCCUUUCGUAUUUAUCACACACACCCCUUAUCUAUGUAAAAAUAUUGACAAUAUACUGAAAUACAUCAAUGUUUUGAAAAGGUACAACUUCCAGCAACCAAAUCCAACUGUUGAUUUGGUUCUAAGGAAGUCCUGCUGUACAGACUUUAUCGAACCUUGCUCUUUGCUUCACAUGUUACUCGGAAACACAGAAGCGGCUGUCACGGUCGCUGUAAUGCCUGCGUGAUGCUCCAUGGUGUUGUAUGGCAGUUUAUUAAACUGUUCCCCAGAUGUUCAACA